AUGCAUCGCGCUUUUGUUUUCACUGCCGCAACGGCCUUGGUCUCGUCUGUUUUGGGGUCUCCGGUCGCCAGGAGCUGCUCGAGCCCGUACACUCGCAAAGAAUGGCGAGAACUGAGCACUACCGAGCAGACUCAGUUCAUCACAGCCCUCAAGUGCUUGGGCGAGCUGCCUCACUCGACUUUAGUCCCAACCAACUACACCGCUGGGAUCGUCAGCGUCAAUCCCUCGAGCUCUCGAUAUGACGAUUUUGUCUAUGCUCACAUGGACACUAACGUCAAGGAUCACUUUACUGGUCUAUUUUUGCCAUGGCAUCGAUGGUACCUUACAGCAUUCGAAAAGGAACUCAGGACUCAGUGCGACUAUACGGGAUACCUUCCUUACUGGGAUUGGUCUCUAGACUCUGGCAAUGUAGUAGCUUCGCCCGUGUUCUCAUCCAGCACCACGACUGGGUUUGGCUCAUUUGGCGUCGCUCCUGGUUACCAAGUCACCGAUGGGGCUUUCGCGACCGUUCAGCGCGCGUAUCCUACCCCUCAUGUUAUCGCUCGUAAUUUCAAGGCCAAGCCUUUCGAAGAGCAAGUGUUCCCAUUCGAGUUUACUACACCCGACCUACUGGCAGCCGAUACAUUCACACCGGCAAAGAUCACAGAGAUUGUUAAUGGGUUCUCCGGAGACUUUAUUGGAUUUGCUGCUCAUAUGGAUGGCGUCCGCGCCCAAGGAAUGCAUAAUGCUGCCCACCUUAUGACGCGCCCUGGCGAUCUGUCUAACCCAUCGCACUCUCCUAAUGAUCCCCUAUUUUUCCUUCACCACGCGAACCUCGAUCGCAUCUGGGAUAAAUGGCAACGAAAGUCAACCGCCAACGCUGCUGCUUAUGGCGGUGGUAGCGUGCAAGAUCUAGCUGCGUACGACACUUACCCAGUUGGUGCACCUCCAAAUGUCGAUACAACAUGGGCACUCCCGACCUCCGGCCUCGAUUCAGCGCUGGCGGUUAGCGAUGUGAUGUCGACUACCGGAGGGUAUCUGUGCUUCGUGUACAGUGAAUUUACGGGUUCGGCCUAA